AGGGCUAGGCAGCAGUCUGGUAGCCGAACAAAACUGAUAAUUGGCGAACAAUUUGCCAUUUAUGUACAUAGUUAAUGUAGCUUUUAUUUAUUUAUUAGACUAUAACGUGUAAUUAUUUAGCAAAGGAACUUUACUUUUAAGUACACGCCACCGAGCUACAUUUAGGAUAUAUUUUGCGUUUAAUUCCCAGAUAUUUCAACAUUUGAUUAACAGCGCUGCACAUUAAUUUGAUCUAAGUUGUAUCAUUACAUACUGAAGCAUGUUUUGGCAACUUUUCUGCGCCGGGUUUUUGCUUGCACCAUUAGCAGUCGAAGCUAGUGUUUCCAAACGGUAUGUGAUCGGCUGCCCUGAGCGAUGUGACAAGUCAUUUUGUCCCUCGAUCCGAGCUGACUGCUCCGCCGGAGAGGUCCUCGACCAGUGCGGCUGCUGCAGGGUGUGCGCGGUUGGAGAGGGCGAGGCAUGCGGCGGCGCCGGGAAGCUCGGCGACCCGGUGUGCGGAGAGGGGAUGGAGUGCUCCGUGUCGGACGGAGUGGCGUACUCUGCCACGGUCAGGAGAAGAGGCAAAAGCGGCGUGUGCGUGUGCAAAAGCGCCGAGCCUGUGUGCGGCAGCGACGGGGUCUCCUACCGAAACAUCUGCGAACUGAAAAGAGUCAGUUACCGGGCGCAGAAACUCCAGCAGCCGCCUGUCAUCUUCAUACAGAGAGGGGCUUGUGGCCAAGUCCAGGAUAAUCCAAACAGCCUGCGACACAAAUACAAUUUCAUCGCUGAUGUGGUGGAGAGGAUUGCACCUGCAGUGGUUCACAUUGAACUGUACCGCAAGAUGGUGUUCUCCAAGCGGGAGGUGGCAGUGGCCAGCGGCUCGGGGUUUGUGGUUUCGGAAGACGGCCUGAUCGUGACCAACGCCCAUGUGGUGGCCAAUAAGCAGCGGGUGAAGGUGGAGCUGAAGAGCGGCGCCUCCUACGAUGCCAAGAUCAAGGACGUGGACGAGAAGGCCGACAUCGCCCUCAUCAAGAUCGACGCUCCGACGAAGCUGCCUGUGCUGCUGCUGGGCCGAUCGGCUGACCUGCGCCCCGGUGAGUUCGUGGUGGCCAUCGGCAGCCCCUUCUCCCUGCAGAACACCGUCACCACCGGCAUCGUCAGCACCACCCAGCGUGGCGGCAAGGAGCUGGGCCUGCGUAACUCCGACAUGGACUACAUCCAGACCGACGCCAUCAUCAACUACGGGAAUUCGGGAGGCCCCCUGGUGAACCUGGAUGGGGAGGUGAUUGGCAUCAACACUCUGAAGGUGACGGCUGGCAUCUCCUUCGCCAUCCCCUCCGACAAGAUCCGGCAGUUCCUGGCAGAGUCGUACGACAGACAGGCUAAAGGGAAAAUGGCUCCGAAGAAGAAGUACAUUGGCGUGAGGAUGAUGACUCUCACUCCAACACUCGCCAAGGAGCUGAAGGGACGGCAGAAGGACUUUCCCGACAUCACCUCCGGGGCCUACGUCAUGGAGGUCAUCUCCAAGACACCGGCUGCCACCGGCGGCCUGAAGGAGCAUGACGUCAUCAUCAGUAUCAACGGCCAGCGCAUCUCCUCCGCCAGCGACGUCAGCAACGCCAUCAAGAGGGACAGCACUCUGCGGCUGGUGGUGAGGCGCGGAAACGAGGAUGUCAUGCUGACCAUCGUCCCUGAGGAGAUCGACCCCUGACCCCUCCCCCGGCACCCCCACUGCCAG